AUGCGUAAGACAGCUGUGAUAUUCAUCGAGAGAGCCUCUCCAGCGACAUUGACUGAUUUCAAAGAUGCACUAUCGGAUAGUUUAUUAGCAUUUCUAGAACCUUGGUCAGUCGAUUUCAGAACUUACAGAUGUUUGAUCAAAAACCUGCCUGAAGGCACAUCAAAAUUGAUGUGCUCGAUAACCUUUUCCCAUCAUGAAAAGAGAACCGUUUUAAUAAAGGACAAAACUGCACUUGUGACUACGUCGGCUCCCCAUGACGUUCCCAAAGAUCUUGUAGCCAACGUAUGCUGUGCAGGAACUCCUGAAUCAAUUGACAAUAUUCUCGCGAGUAGGCUUUCUAAUAUCUGGACCCAGAGACAGAGCAUCAAAGGUGAAGCAGGCGAAACUUUCGAAACGACUGGAAUGUUAGUGAGAGCAGCCAAUUUGUUCAGUUACACAGGCUUCAAAGGGCUUCUAAUUGAAUUGACUUCCAAUGAGAAUGCCACCAGUGAGCAAUUCAGAGCGAACGUUGAAAGGAUACGAAACCUUUUACAAGGAAUUGGUAUGAAGGAUGCCAAAAUCUCUGGAGAACUUCUGGACCCUUCAAAGAGUAAUUAUAUAUCUGAUUUGGCGUACCAGUAUGUCCGUGUAUUAGAAUUUUGA